AUGGAUCACUCGAGGGAUCCAUGCCCCUGGGUAGCCCUGUCCGACUUCGGUGGAGCCUUCUCUAUGGGCGCUUUGGGGGGGUAUCUGAUGGCUAAGUGGAUUCUAGGCACGUUAUGGCACGGCAUCAAAGGAUUCAGAAACUCUCCCUACGGUGAACGAAGGAUAGGAAUGAUCACAGCGAUCAAAGCUCGAGCACCCGUUACGGGAGGUAACUUCGGUGUCUGGGGUGGCAUGUUCAGCACGUUCGACUGCGCAGUCAAGGGUAUCCGGAAGAAGGAAGACCCAUACAAUUCUAUUAUUGCCGGAUUCUUCACAGGAGGUGCUUUAGCUAUAAGAGGAGGAUACAAAGCUGCUAGAAAUGGUGCCAUUAUGUGCGCCAUUUUCCUAGCCGUGAUCGAAGGUGUCGGUAUUGGUAUCCAACGACUCAUGGCCGAGGGCACGAGGCUAGAUCUCCCUCCUCCGCCAUCACCCUCUGAAUCCGGACGCGUUGCAGCGUGA